AUGGCAACAGCAAUGGAUUUCGCUUUGCAGCACAAAGGUCAGCUAGCCACCGUCACAGCAUUGGUCGUCUACUCUGCCGCCAAAAACAAACUCACACCAGGCGGCAUCAUAGCUGCAUCUGUGACAGCCGCAAUACACAUGGCACAUCCCUGGGGAGUCUUCUUCAACCUCCUCGUAGGUUUCUUUAUUGCCGGCACCUUGGGAACAAAGAUCAACCACACGACCAAGGCAACUCUUACUCAAUCAGCAACCGGAGGUGUGGGAGGUGAAGGUGCACGCAACUACGCUCAAGUGUUGGCCAAUUCCGGCACUGCGUCGCUUCUGAUUCUAUGGCAUCUAUAUGCCUCGCAAAAUGGUGUCAGUCUGAAGAGUGAGUUCAGCUUGACUGAUGCUAUACCUUUUGGUAUUGCUGCCAGCGAACUUGGUAUUCUCUCGCCAACUUCUCCUGUUCUUAUCACGGCGCCAUGGCGCAGUGUGCCUCGGGGAACCAACGGCGGAGUCACCUUUACCGGUCUGCUCGCGGGUCUUGCAGGUUCUGUAUUUAUCUCUACUCUUGCCUACUUCAAUCUGCCCUUCUCUCGAAUGGCAUGGACCGGAGACUCAAAGUUCCUCUUCUGGGUCGCAUUGACAGUCGCGGGCUUUAGUGGCACAUUGCUGGAUUCGCUGUUGGGUGCAUUGGUCCAAGCCACAGUUGAGGACAAGAGCAGCGGUAGAAUCGUCGAGGGAGAUAACGGCAAGAGAGUCAAGGUUACUGCAGGAGGCAGUAGAGUGCAAAGAGGCAUGGAUCUGCUCAACAACAAUGGUGUCAACUUUGCCAUGGCGGCUACAGUUGCUGCUGUCGGCAUGGCUGUGUGGAACUCAAUGGUGCAGAACGUUAUUCUGGCCUAG